AUGCAUUCCCACGCACCCAAGAACAACCAGCAGAAUUUCAUGAGGAAACUCUGUCCAAAUUUCUAUCGUGAAGAUGGAUUGGAGACAGUGCUUGAGGUUCCCAUUCCGGAGGAAAUGUUCGCCAGUAUGGGCAGCAACGUUGCGCUCCGGUGGCAGAAUAUGUCCACAUGGAUGAAGGCUCAAACGUCUGACAAAUGGUCGUCGCCGGUUAUUGCUCGCCGUUACAAUGAAUUGAGUUUUCUUCUUUAUUUUGUUGGAUCGCCUCUUAUUCCUCUUCAAGUACAGCUUGAUCAUUCUAUCAACCGUCCGAUCAAACAUUCUUCCAUUGAAGCUUCAACAGCCAAAUACAUUGUACAACAAUACAUAGCAGCAACAGGAGGACAAGCCGCAAUAAAUGCAGUAAACAGCAUGUGUGCAAUUGGACAGGUAAAAAUUAGUGCAUCAGAUUUUCACCAAGGAGACCAAAGUGUUAAAGUGAGUAACACAGAGGAGAAGGGAGGAUUUGUUCUAUGGCAGAAGAACCCUGGCUUCUGGAAUUUAGAGUUGCUUAUCUCAGGGUGCAAGGUCAUCUCAGGAAGCAAUGGCCAAAUUUCAUGGAGACAAUCUUCCAAUCAACAGAGGCCAAUUUCAAAAGGACCCCCCAGACCUCUGCGCCGGUUUUUACAGGGCCUGGAUCCUCGAUCCACAGCCAACUUGUUCAUAGAUGCAGUAUGCAUAGGUGAAAAGAUCAUAAAUGAUGAGGAUUGCUUCAUACUUAAACUCGAUGCCAACCAAGCAUUACUCGAGGCACAAAGCGGUCCAAAAUAUGAAAUCAUCCACCACACAGUCUGGGGAUACUUCAGCCAAAGAUCAGGCCUUAUGGUAAAGUUUGAAGAUUCCCGUCUUCUUACAGUAAAAACCAACAAGGACGACGGUGAUGUAUUCUGGGAAACAAGCACGGAAUCUGUCAUUGAAGACUAUAAGUAUGUUGAUGGAGUAAAUAUCGCGCAUAGUGGAAAGACUUUUGUGACAGUUUUUAGAUAUGGGGAACAAUCUGCAAACCACAAGAGAGAGCUCGAAGAGUCCUGGAAAAUCGAAGAGGUAGAUUUCAACAUAUGGGGUUUGAAUACAGAAUUCUUUAUGCCACCUUCAGACUUCAAGCAAAAAUAA